AACGUUGAAACAAACAUGGUGUUUCUAAAAGCCAUACUCAUUUUCUUCAUAACCGCCGUCAACGGCCUUGGCUCCGCCGCCACCAUCGCCGUCACCUACGGCACCGCCACCGUCUGCGGCAUAGUUGCCGGGGAGAAAAACCAGCAUAUCCAAUGCUACCAAAAGGGGAAACGUGUUCCGGUGAUCCUUCCAAACGUUUCCUUCGAGGCAAUCUCCGGUGGCCGGAGCUUCUUCUGCGGCCUCAGGUCCGGUGGCUUCAGCCUCCAUUGUUGGGACACCAAUGUGUCAAGCUUGGUGUCCAAACCCAGAAGGUUGUUUCACAGUGAUGUGGUUCAGUUGAGUGAUGUAGCAGUUGGUGAUACUCAGGUUUGUGCCAGAGAGUUGCAUUCUGGUGUGGCAAGGUGUUGGAGAGGAGGUGGGGGAAAUGGUGAUGAGUUUCCUUCACCUGGUGAAGGGUUUAGGUUUAGGACCAUCACUUCUGGGUCUGGUUUUUCUUGUGGGGUUUUGAAGGAGAACAAUAAGGUUUUGUGUUGGGGUGAGGGUGGGAACAUUAUUGGUCAUGAGAUUCAGAAACUGUUUGGUAAUUUGUCAAUGUCAAGUUUAGUUGCUGGAGUUUCUCAUGUUUGUGGAUUGACCCUUAAUGGGGUUUUGGUUUGUAGAGGAAACAACAAUGGUUCUUCUAGUCAAUUUGGUGUUAUUGUUCCUUUCAGUUCAGCUUCAGGGUUUUCAGGUCUUGCUUUGGGAGAAGAUUUUUCUUGUGCUAUUAGGAGCACAAAUGGAUUUGUUGUGUGCUGGGGUGGUGUCAAUGGGUUUGAUUUUGAUAGUGAUGUGAUAAAGGGUGUUUCUUUUGAGUCAUUAGUUGCUGGUUUGGAUUUUGUUUGUGGGUUGACAACUAGGAAUUUGUCUCUGAUUUGUUGGGGUCCUGGUUGGUCUUCUAAGCUUCAUUUGCCUAGUAGUGAUCUUCCAUUGGGAAUGAUUCUUCCAGGUCCAUGUGUUAUUGAUGCUUGUAGUUCUUGUGGUACAUAUCCUAAUUCUGAUAUGCUAUGUCAUGGGUCUGGAACUAUUUGCUAUUCAUGCAAGACUGAGUUUCCACUUGCUUUGCCAUUGCCACCACCACCAUCAUCAUCACAAGUUCCAAAGCAACAGUCUUCUUCAGCUAAAGAGAAAAACUUAAGGGAAUGGUUGGUAUUUCUGGUUGUUGGAUCAGUUGGGGCUUUUGCAGGUCUAUGCACAAUUCUUUAUUUCUUUUGGAUUGGAGCAAGAAGAUGCUUGAAGACAAAAGUUGAUAAUUCUGUGCAACCCACAAGCAAUGAGUCUGAUUCCUAUGUGGAUAUAGUUCCCAUGCCUAAUCAAGGUUCUAAUGGCACAACAUUAAGAUCUUUUUCUAGCAGAAGGCAGAGCUCAAUAAGAUUGAGGAGACAUAGGAGUGGUUCAUCAUCAAAGCGUGUAGACAGGACUGAGAGUUUCUCAUUACGUGAACUAGCCAUAGCCACAAACAACUUCUCAGUAGAUAAUAAGAUAGGUGCUGGUAGCUUUGGCAGUGUUUACAAAGGCAAGCUAGCUGAUGGUCGUGAUGUAGCCAUUAAAAGAGGAGAUACCAGCACUAAGAAGAAGAAAUUCCAGGAAAAAGAAAUUGCUUUUGAUUCUGAAUUGGCAUUGUUGUCCCGGCUUCACCACAAGCAUUUGGUGAAGCUAAUUGGAUUCUGCGAGGAAAAUGAUGAGAUGCUUUUGGUUUAUGAGUACAUGAUCAAUGGGUCACUCUAUGAUCAUUUGCAUGACAAGAAAAACACUGAAAAAAGUAGCAGCAUUUUGAAUUCUUGGAAGAUGAGAAUCAAGAUUGCAUUAGGUGCUGCUAGGGGAAUUGAGUAUCUUCACAACUAUGCUGUUCCAUCCAUUAUUCACCGAGAUAUUAAGUCCUCAAAUAUACUCUUGGAUUCAAAUUGGAAUGCUAGAGUUUCUGAUUUUGGAUUGUCACUAAUUUGGCCUGAGACUGAGCUCGAAUUGAUGUCUACCAAAGCAGUUGGAACUGUUGGAUACAUAGACCCUGAGUACUAUGUCUUGAAUGUGUUAACAACAAAAAGUGAUGUUUAUGGUUUAGGAGUGGUGUUGUUAGAGCUUCUGACAGGAAAAAGAGCUGUGUUCAAAACUGAAGAAGGGUCAAGCCCAAUUGGAGUGGUGGAAUACACAAGGCCAAGGAUAGCAGCAGGAGAGUUGUGGAAUGUGUUGGAUUAUAGAGUUGGACAACCAGAAGUGAAUGAGGUUGAGUCUCUUGAGCUCAUGGCUUACACUGCUAUGCAUUGUGUGAACUUGGAGGGAAAGGAAAGGCCUGACAUGACUGACAUUGUUGCUAACUUGGAGAGGGCAUUGACUUUUGUUGAGGGUAGCCCUGGUACCCUCUCCAUAACUUCAUUCUCUGCCCCACUUGAAUGA